AUGUUCUUGGGUUACCCUGACCUAGAAUACGAUGGUUUUGACCGUACCGAACCGUUGACUGAUAAGAACUUCAACAGAACUGUCUUCGCCGAAGAUGCCAAGUCUGUAGUGUUCUUCAACGAUGUAGAAGAUGAUGAUGCUGAGUUUGACCAGUACGAGUGCUUCUUGCAAGUAAGUUUAUGAUCGGUGUAGUAACGUAGUUAGUUGUCAGCUCAAGUAAUGACCAAAAGAGGUUACAACUUCUACACCGUCAACACCACCAAGGAAAACAAGUUGAGACAUCAAGAAGAAGUGGAGAAGGGCGAGGACACUAUCCACGUCUACAAAGACGGCUACAAGAUCGAGUACAAUGGAGUCAGAGAUCCAGAAACCUUUGUCUCGUGGUUGAUGGACAUUCCAGACGACCCGGUCACUAUCAUCAACGAUCAGUUCGACUUGGAUGAGUUCGAAGACCUUGAGGAUGAAGCCGUCAGAAUCAUCGGUUACUUUGAACCUGGCAGCGCGGCUUUGAAGGAGUUCGAAGAAGCGGCCGAAGACUUUAUGGGGGAAAUUGAAUUCUUUGCCGUUGUCACCAGCUAUUUAAGUGUUUUACGCGAAUUUUCAAUAUUUUAGAUAAAUAACAAAAUUUUUUGUCUUUACAUUUAUCCAUACAGGUAAUGAAAGUUUGUUUUAGUGGGCGCGCAAGCUGGGACUAAAGAGAGUUGGAGAAGUUCAGCUGUUCCAUCCUUUCGAAGAUGAUCCAAUCUAUGCUCCAUUGAAUGUUGAUACUGAAGAUGAAUUUGAAGAUUGGGUAGAAAAGCAUCGUGAACCUGUUAUGCAAAAGCUUUCGCUUGAAAACUACUUCAAUGUUUGGGUAGGUCUUUCUAUACUAUGAUGUUUUUAAAGGGUAUUAUUGUAAGAAAUUUUUUUUACAUUUGUAAGCAUGAGUUUGGCUUUUGUUUUUGUAACUUUUUCAAAUUAGAUUACGUUUUAUUUUUUGGCUAUAAAAAUAAUGGCACAUGUUGUAACAAUAUUGAAGUUUUUAUAAAAUAUGCGUUAUUGUUAACCAAACUGGUGAUUUAAAAUUAUUUCAGAGGGAUUCUGAUGACAACGAAAAGAUGGUGUUGGCUUUCUGCGACGAAGAAACCCGCGAAGGCAGAGCUUUGUACAAGUUGCUGCGCAAAAUUGCUGAUGAAAACCAAGAGCACGCUGGUACCUUGGAAUUGGUGCUCAUUGAUCCUGGUAAAUUUUAAAGAAUUUAAAAAGUUAAAAAAAGAUUUUUCGACUUAUUAAUUAAGGUAGCUGGAGUUAUGCUAUAGGAAGGACACGAUAAUGGCUAAUAUUAUAUUUUUAAAUUGUUUAUUGCAACUUUUUUUAAAGAGUUCAAAGAUUGUUUUGCCAGAAUUUUAUGUUUCAAAGUAACCUUUAAAGUGAUAAUUAAAACCUCAAUUUUAAAAGAUAAAAAAUGUAUCACAUUUGUGCUUUCAUUCCAGACGAGUUCCCCUUGAUGGUAGAUGUUUGGGAAGGUAUGUUCGGAAUUGACAUAGAAGAAGGUCCUCAAAUUGGACUGGUCGAUAUUGCUGACAAAGAUUCAUUGUGGUUUGACAUGAGCCAGUUGAACUUGGACGAUCCCAAGAAGCACUCCGACAGCAACUUCGAAGCUCUUCAGACCUGGAUCGACCAGAUCAUGGCGGGUAACAUCGACUUGGACGACGAUGACGAACCAGAGCCAGAACCUGUGAAGCCGGCUCCAAAAACAAAACGCUCAAAGAAGGAGUUGUAG